AUGGAACAGAAACCAGACGAAGAGAAGAAAGAAGACUACUUGGAUAUCAUAACAAAAUUUUUUAGCUAUUUUUCACUGGGUAGUGAUAAUGUUGUAAAUUCUCAGACACUGCCAAAAUCACAUUCCCCUGAUGCAGAAAGAAAUGUCAAAGGAUCACUCCCUCAUCAACGAAACAGCAUACAGCAAGUGGUUUACAAUUUGAAGUUAAAAAGAGCAUCCGAUUUGAAGACACCUACUCGAUUUAGUUUGGAUCGACCUGUGGCGUCCGUACCAAGGAGUGAACAGCAGGUACAUGAAAAGACAUCUCCUUAUGUGAACCAUGAGACAUGUGAAUGCGAGGGAAAAAACAAAUCAAGGAAUAAUUCAAUGGAAAAUUGUCUGAACAUGGCUGGAAGAAAAAAAAAAAAAAAAAAAAAAAAGGAAAUUCCAAAAGAAAGGGUUGGUGAUAAUGCAUCAUCAAGCUUUGACUUUUCUGAGGGGGAAUUUUUUCAGUUGAAGGAGCAGAUCGAAAGUGAAACGGAGAAAAAGAAGAAGACGGAGAAGAUGGAGAAAUGGAGAGAAAAAGAAAAGGAAAAGAAUAAGAUGCAGGAGAGGAUUAGUGACCCUAAUGACGCAGCACAGGAGAGAGAUGAGGAAGUGAAGGAAAAGGAGAAACGUGAUAAAAAAAAAAAAAAAAAAAAAGAGGCAAACGAUAAACAGAACGAAGAAGAUGAGCACCUCGAGGAAAUACAGACAGAUAGGAGCAAAGAAUUCCAGGGUGACGUGAUAAGCUGGAAAGAGGAUGAGAAAGAGAGGAAGAAAAAGAAGAAGAAGCAGAAGAAAAAGGAGCGGAAGGAAGAGGAGAAGGAGAACGCGAACGCUGACGAUGACGAGAAGGAGAAAAAAGAAAGGACAAAAUUGAGUAAGAUGGAAACGAAUAAUUCGGAAUGCACAUACGAAUCAAGCAAUAUAGUGAAUGCAAGAAAAAGAGGACAUGGGGAUUAUCAAAAAAAAAAUGAUGGAGCUUUAAGUAGUAGCUUCGUAGAACCAUCAUGCAGUAAUAACUCUGCUGUAGAAAACCAUUUAAACAAUAUGGAAGAUGACUUGGAAAGUAAAGAUUUUAUAAAAACACAGGAGGAACAGAUAGUUGUAAAUUACAUAUCUGAUAGUAAGAAAAGUUAUAUAAGCAUCCGAAGUAGUAAUAAGAAAAAGGGCCAUGUGAUAAAAUUGCCUAAACUGAAUUUACUACCUCAGAAGGAGUGA